AUGGUGUCAUUUUUGUUUUGUUUUCGACAUUCGUUAACAAAUUCUGAAACCGUCGUGACUUCAAGAUCAAGUCCAGGAAGUUCAUCCAGAACAGUUGUUACAUCCAAAUCAACUUUUACGACCACCACAACUCCUUCUACUAACAAACCAAUAUCACCAUUUGCAAAAUUUCAACAGUUAGAUCGUCAAAAUUCAGGUUCAACGCCAAGCUCCCCGAGCGCUGGUAAUGCGCCAUACUUCACGUUCACCGAUCCAAAACUGUGUCGUUCUGCAUCCGGUGCCAAGGAUCGACUUCUCCAGUGGUGUCAAAGCAAGACCAAAGAAUACAAGAACAUUCAAAUAGAAAACUUUUCGACGAGUUGGAGUAACGGUUUGGCAUUUUGCGCUCUCAUUCAUCAUUUUCGACCCGAAGCUUUCGAUUACGAUUCAUUGUCGCCGAAUGAAAGACGAAAAAAUUUCGAACUUGCUUUUAGAAUAGCCGAGGAUAAAGCAAACAUUGCACCUCUCCUCGACGUUGAAGAUAUGGUAAUGAUGAGAAAACCCGAUUGGAAAUGCGUUUUCACAUACGUACAAUCGAUUUAUCAUCGUUUUAAAAACGAAGAUUAA